AGAGGCUGAGCUCCCGGGACCCGCAGCGGAGCGACCGGCGGGCGCCGCGCCGAGGCACCACGGGGCGCCGCGUUCCUGGCGGCUCGCACGCAGGUAAAUAAAGGCAGCUAAAGCUGACUGCUGGUUGUGCAAAAUCCCCCUGGCUCUUCUGGCUAAAGUCCUACCACUCCCUGUACCUGGCAGCCUGUCUUCUGGGCCUCACCUACACACGUCUGGGUAGGAGCCAGUUGUCUCCAUCCAUCCACAGCCAUGAAUUUCCUCCGUCGACGUCUCUCUGACAGCAGCUUCGUGGCCAACCUGCCUAAUGGCUACAUGACGGACCUGCAACGCCCAGAUAGCUCGACCAGCUCACCUGCUUCCCCAGCCAUGGAGAGGAGGCAUCCCCAGCCCCUGGCUGCCUCCUUCUCCUCUCCAGGAUCCAGCAUUUUUAGCUCCCUCUCCAGUGCCAUGAAGCAGGCCCCUCAGGCUUCCUCAGGGCUAAUGGAGCCUCCAGGUCUCUCCACGCCUGUUGUUCAAAGACCCAGGAUCCUGUUGGUGAUUGACGAUGCCCAUACAGACUGGUCCAAGUAUUUCCAUGGGAAGAAGGUGAAUGGAGAGAUCGAGAUCCGAGUAGAGCAGGCUGAAUUCUCAGAGUUGAACCUAGCGGCCUAUGUGACAGGGGGCUGCAUGGUGGACAUGCAGGUCGUGAGAAAUGGGACCAAAGUGGUGAGCAGAUCCUUCAAGCCAGACUUCAUCUUGGUCCGCCAGCACGCCUACAGCAUGGCCCUGGGGGAAGACUACCGCAGCCUGGUCAUCGGCCUGCAGUAUGGAGGACUGCCUGCUGUCAACUCUCUCUACUCUGUCUACAACUUCUGCAGCAAGCCCUGGGUGUUCUCUCAACUCAUUAAGAUCUUCCAUUCCCUGGGUCCUGAGAAGUUCCCGCUUGUGGAGCAAACAUUUUUCCCCAACCAUAAGCCAAUGGUCACAGCUCCACACUUCCCGGUGGUGGUCAAGCUGGGACAUGCCCACGCUGGAAUGGGAAAGAUCAAAGUGGAAAACCAGCUUGACUUCCAGGACAUCACCAGCGUGGUCGCCAUGGCCAAAACCUAUGCCACCACCGAGGCCUUCAUCGACUCCAAGUAUGACAUCCGCGUCCAGAAAAUUGGAUCCAACUACAAGGCAUACAUGAGAACCUCUAUCUCUGGGAACUGGAAGGCCAACACAGGCUCUGCCAUGCUGGAGCAGGUAGCCAUGACGGAGAGGUACAGGCUGUGGGUGGACAGCUGCUCGGAGAUGUUUGGCGGCCUGGAUAUCUGUGCUGUCAAGGCCGUCCACAGCAAGGAUGGCAGAGAUUACAUCAUAGAGGUAAUGGACAGCUCAAUGCCGCUGAUUGGAGAGCACGUGGAAGAGGACAAACAGCUGAUGGCCGACCUUGUUGUCUCCAAAAUGAGCCAACUCCUGAUGCCAGGAGGCACAGCGCCCUCGCCCCUGAGACCUUGGGCUCCACAGACUAAAUCAGUGAAAUCUCCUGGGCAAGCCCAGCUGGGGCCUCAGUUAGGACAGCCCCAGCCACGCCCACCUCCACAAGGAGGCCCUCGCCAAGCUCAGUCUCCUCAGCCCCAGAGAUCUGGAAGCCCCUCCCAACAGAGGCUCUCCCCACAAGGCCAGCAGCCCCUGAGCCCCCAGUCGGGAUCUCCACAGCAGCAAAGGUCACCAGGCUCUCCGCAGCUCUCCCGGGCAUCCAGUGGCAGCUCCCCAAAUCAGGCCUCCAAGCCAGGUGCCACCCUCACCUCACAGCCCCGGCCCCCUGUGCAGGGCCGCAGCACCUCCCAGCAGGGUGAAGAGUCCAAGAAGCCAGCACCACCUCAUCCACAUCUCAACAAAUCUCAGUCCCUGACUAACAGCCUCAGCACAUCCGACACCUCCCAGCGUGGGAACCCCAGUGAAGAUGAAGCCAAGGCCGAAACCAUCCGCAACCUGAGGAAGUCUUUCGCCAGCCUGUUCUCUGACUAACGCCAUCCAGGCUGGGACGGGAAGAGUGCUCUGCUACACUCGUCCCCCUCCUGCCUCAUCUUCCUUCUCAGCCUUGGUUCCUGAUGGGAACAGAAUGGAGGGCCUGAGAACAUACUUUCUAAAUGCCUUUGACCCAGG